GCAUGUAGCCACCGCUCUAGCUCAGAGAUAAUCUGCUGUACAACUCCUUCACUGAAAGCCUUCAAUCUUCAACCACCCUUUGUAACCAAAGUGUUCUUUAUUUUUGAUGGCGUCAGCUCUUUGUACUUUGAUUUUGAUUACGUAAAUAAUCCUGUAUUUAAGCAUUUUGAAAAGCCAGUGUUCAUCUCAAGAGGCAACCACAACGUUCUGGAAAUUAAGGGAAAUUAUAUUGAUCCAGAAGCUGUUAAAGGAGAGGUGCUAAAAGUUGGAAAUAAAAGCUGCGAAAACCUCCUCCUGCAGUCGGAAUCAAUUCUGUGUACGGUUCCCAGCGAUCUCCUGAAAUCCAACAGCGAGCUAAAUAUAGAGUGGAAGCAAGAAGUUUUGUCAACAGUUAUCGGAAAAGUGCUGAUCCAGCAAGAUCAGAAUUUCACAGGACUAAUUGCUGGAGCUGUUUCAACAUCAGUUUUAAUUUUUAUCUUUUUGGUGUUUUUCCUCUGGAGAAGGAAGAAGAAACAAAUUAAAGAUCUGGGAAGUGACCUAGUGCGCUAUGAUGGCAGAGUGCACACUCCUCACCUGGACAGGCUGGUGAGCGCGAGGAGUGUAAGCCCAACAACAGAAAUGGUUUCAAGCGAAUCUGUAGACUACAGAUCAACUUUUCUAGAAGAUCAGUUUCCAAGCAUGUCUCAGAAUGGAUCGUGCAGACCUGCCCAGUAUCCUCACUCUGACCUCUCCCCAAUUCUGUCCAGCGGGGACUCAGAUUUAGCCAGUCCACUUCUCCAAACUAAUGUCCACAUUGACAUCAGUGCCUUAAACCCUGACCUGGUCAAAGAAGUGCAGCAUGUGGUUAUUGGUGCCGACAGCCUGAUUGUGCACUUCAGUGAAGUGAUAGGAAGAGGUGGGUACCGCGACUUUUGCAUUGCAAACUGCUGUUCUUUUUGCGCACCCAUUCACUAUAAACCAUUCUGAAUAAGGU